AUGGGGAAGAAGGACAAGAAAGCCGGAAAGGGGGCCGCUGGGGUCGACAUCCCGUGGAAGCAGAUAGACAAGGACCCGGUAUCCUUUCUGGUUGCUCCCGAGACCUCGGAGACCUUCUUCGCGGAGUGCUGGGAGCGCGCGCCCCGCGUGUUCAAGGCCACCCCCGCGCGCGCCGCGCUGGCGCGCCGCCUGACGACCCUGCCCACGCUGCUGGCGUGGCUCAAGGAGCUGGAGGCGGAGGGCGGCGCGUCGCCGCUGCUGUUCGGCCGCGACGUCAACGCGGCGAGGUACCGCGACGGCGUGAGGGAGACGCCCAACGGCCCGGGGGAGGCGGAUGCGGCCGCACUGAAGGUGCUGCACGACCAGGAGGGCUGCACCCUGCAGGUCCACCAGCCGCAGCGGUGGGACGACGACUCGUGGCGGCUGCUGGCUGCGCUGGAGUCCAAGCUCGGGUCCCUGGUGGGGUCCAACGCCUACCUCACGCCCCCCGGCACCCAGGGCCUCGCCCCCCACCACGACGAUGUUGAGCUAUGGGUGCUGCAGACUGCGGGCAGUAAGGCCUGGAAGUGCUACGCACCCCUGGCCGGCCACGAGCUGCCCAGCAAGUCCAGCGGCAACCUGGAACAGGCGCGCUGGCCAGGGAGGCUGCUUUUGGGAGGGGGCAGCGGGGCGGGCGGUGAACGCGCGGGUGCAUGCCGGCGGUUGCUGUCUGUGCUGGGCUCCCCGGUGCUGGAGGCCGUGCUGGAGGAGGGGGAUGUGCUCUACCUGCCGCGCGGCACGGUCCACCAGGCCUCAGCGUCGGCCGCCGCCGCCAGCGCCCACCUGACGAUCUCGACCUACCAGGGCACCUCCUACGGCGACCUCGCCACGCACCUGCUGGGCAGCUGCCUCAAGGCGCAGCACGACGACCCGGACCGCUGCCUCCCGCUUGCCGCGCGCCGCGGGCCGCCGCCGGGGCUGGCGGCCGCGCACUCGCUGCACAGGGUGCUGUCCGCGCCCGCCGGCGCGGGGCCGACGCCGAGCGUGGUCUCUGACCUGGCGGCGGCGCUGCGCGCCCUGGCGGACAAGUUGGCGGCGCACCCCGACAUGCUGACGCCCGCUGUGCACUCCUUCACCGCCGACUUCUGGGCGCACCGCCUGCCGCCGCACCCGGAGCAGCUGGCGCCGCAGGGUGGGGACGCGUGGGGGCGGGAGAAGCAGGGGCCCACCCCUGACAUGGGCGACAAGAUCUGGUGCCGCGCGGCCCCCUGGUGCUGCCUCAUGCCGCACAACGGCCCCGCCGCCGCGGAGAGCGACAGCGAGGACGAGGAGGAUGAGGGGGAGGAGGACGGGGAGGAGGAGGAGGCAGGGGAGGGCGGCGUGAAGAAGGAAGUGGCGCCGGGCUCCAAGGGCGAGGAGGAGGAGGAGGAAGGUGCCGUGAAGCUGGUGACGUGCCUGCACAACAUCAGGGAGACCCACAUGAUCCGCGGCGACGACGAGGAUGAGGAAGAGGAUGACGAGGACGAUGACGAGGACGAGGAGGGCGGCAGCGGCGAUGAUGAGGCGGGGCCCAGCGGCAGCGGCGACGGCGAGGGCGCCAAGGAGGGGGCCGGCGGGAAGAAGGGCGGCGGGGCCGCCAAGGGGAAGGCGGGGAGGGGCAAGGGGGGCGGCCACGAAGGCUGCGAGGCGGGCUGCGGCCACGGCCACGCGCAUGGCAACGGCGGCGGGAAGGGCGACGGCGAGGGCGGCGGCAGCGAGGGCGACGGCAGCGACGACGACGGCAGCGACGACGUUCAGCUGCAAGACCUGCUGGCUGAGGGCAUGGGGGGCGACGAGGAGGCGCCCCGCGGCAACGGCCCUGAGGCGCUGCCCGGGAUGGUGUUCCCCGGGGGCGACACGCUGCGGGCCCUGGUGGCGGUGCUGGGGGCGGACAGCCCCGACAAGUUGUGUGUGUGUGUGUGUGUGUGUGUGCGCGCGCGCGUGUGUGUGUGCUGGUGUGCGUGUGUGUGUUGA